UUUUGUUGUUCUAUUGCCCCAAAAAAUAUUUUUCGUUCUUCUAGUUCAGAAAUGAUUGUUAUACAUUCUGGAAAUGGACCUUCAUGUGAAGGAUUUUUGGCUUAUAUUUGGAGUGAUUUGGAUUGGGAAAAGGUAAAUAAGAUUUAAAAAAUAAAUCGGGUCCUCAGGUGUCUGUUCUCAAAUAUCGGUUCCGUGAGUGUUCGCAAAUGUCGAGUCCGUAAGUGUGUUCGCAAAUGUCGGGUUCGUAACUGUGUUCGCAUAUGUCGUUUAUAAGUGUGUUCGCAAAUGUCGGUUCCGUAAAUAUGUUCGCAAAUGUCGAAUACGUAACUGUGUUUGCAAAUGUCGGCGACAUCAAAGGAAGGAGAGUGAAUUCUGGGGAAACAACUCUCGAGCCAACAACUUUAAAAAUAAAUAAAGAAAAGGAAACUGCAACAGAAACAAUAGAACCAUUCGCUACAACAACUGGUACAACUGAAAAUUUCAUUGAAAAUACGACAGAAGGAAAAGAAAUUGUUUUAUCGUCUACAACAACACCAACAGAAUUAAAAACAACCCCAACAUUACAAAUAAAUAAUUGUUUAAAUUGCGACAAUUGGUCCCCUUGGGAAGAAUGUACACAAAUAUGUGGAGGGUGUGGAAAAAUUAAAAGAAAACGAAUUUGUAAUAAAACUACUAGUAUAAAUUGUCAAACUGAAGAGAAAAGAUUAUGUAAUCAAAAUGCUUGUCCGGUUGGAACGAAUUUUUUGUUUAGCAAUGGAGAAUUUCAGUUAAAUUUUUUACCUCUAAAAAUAAUUUCUAAAAAAAAUUUUUUUAGCCUUCUUUGGAAGGGUUGCUGUUUUGGCCUAUUUCCUAAUAAAAUUGACAGUACUUUAACAGAAUGCGGACCUCUAGAAAAUAAUGAAAAUAUUUUUAUGAAAAUAUUAUCUUCUUUGCUGGUUUCACAUGAUGGAAGGAAAAAUAACAGGAAUGAAAAAAUGAGAAAAGGAGAACAUUAAGAAGAAUUUUAAUUUUUAAAUAAUUUAUUUUUAAAUGUAUUUGCAAGAUAAAAAAAGUUUUAAGCUUGCUUGGAUAUGUUUCACCAUCGUAUCGAGUCAAUAUUUUUGG